GCCCAGCUUCUGCCGUCUCAACACGGCCACGAACCCAUCUCGAAACUGCCCCCAAUCCAACUCCAGCGCCUCCCAGCCCUCGCCGCCAUGGCGACCACCGACGACCCCACCGCCACCGGCGAGGUCCGGCGCCUCCUCGAGCAUCUCGACUCCCAGCAGCAACUCCUGGCCACCUGCCACGACGCCUGGUCGCGCACGCUCGCGCACUUCGCCUCGCUCGACCAGGACGUCGCCUCCCGCUCCGCCUCCGUGGACGAGGCCCUGGCCGCCGCCGACGCGUCCACCUCCGAAUCCCUCGCGGCUCUCGAGGCACGCGAGGCCUCCGUGCCCGUGCGCCUCACCGAGGCCUCCGACGCGCUCUCGGCCGCCCUCGCCGAGGCCGAGGCCGAAUCCGCCGCGCCGCCGCCCGCCGACAUCCGUGGCGCCCUCAGGUGGAUAUGCCGCCGCAUGGACGCUGCCGCGCUCUGGCGCUUUAUGGCCGCGCGCCGCAGGGAGCUCGCCACCGUUCGUAAGGAGAUCGCCCCCACCGUAGCAGCGUCCGUGGACCCACCCCGCCUCGUCCUCGAUGUGCUCAGCGAUUUCCUGGAGGCCGGUGAAGGCGCCGGUGAAGACCAGUGCUGGGUGCUCGGCAUGCUGCUGCGCUCGUUGUUUGGUUCAGAUGGGCGGAAGCCGCCGGAGAUAGGAGAUACGUUGGUUGAGAGGGCGUCUGUGGUUGCAAAGAACUGGUCUGAGCGGUUUGGUAUCAAGAGAGACUCGCCAGCUCCCAUCAAUGAGGAGGUGGAGAUGACAGAAGCUGACGAUGCUGAUAAUGCAGCGUUACCAGAUAAGAAAGUAGAGCAGGCAGAUGCAAAAGAGGAGGAGGAAGAGGAGGAGGUGGAGGAGGUGGAGGAGGAAGAAGAGGAAGAAGAGGAAGAGGAAGAAGAAGAGGAAGACCAGGAGGAGCUGGUGGCUGUAUCAGGUGAUGAGGAGGAAGAGAACCCAGAGGAAGUAGAAAAUGAAACACAGGAGGACCCAGAGGAAGCGGGGAUGGAAGCACUGAAGGAGAAGAAGGGAGAAGAGGUAAAGGUGGAGGUUCCUGCUGAUGAGAAGAUAGCUGAAGAAGCAGGGAAGAGCGAAGUUAAGGAAGAAACAAAGGCAAUGGGGGAAGUUGACAAGGAAGGGGAGAAGGGUGCACUGGGGCAAGUAGAAGCACAUUUAUUCCUGCAGAUGGUUGCGGCAUUUGGACUGAAAGACAAGUUUGAUGGAGAGUUCUUGAAGAGCCUGUUUGUUGCUAACCGUCGAAGGAAGGAACUUGCGAGGUUUGCCUUUAUCCUCGGGUUUGAGGAGACCGUCGCAGAUGUUGUUCAGGAAUUGGUUACUUCAGGAAAUGUAAUUGAGGCUAUAUAUAUUGCUCAUGAGGCAUGUUUGCUUGAGCGAUUUCCUCCUGCACCUCUUCUUAACUCUUAUAUAAAGGACUCAACUGAGAAGGCCCAGGCCAUUCUGAGUAGUGGAAGACGCUCCAGUUCUGCUGUUGAGGAGUCUAAGACCUUGGAGUGCAACGCCUGCAAGGCUGUCAUCAGGUGUGUCGAGUCCUGCCAGCUAGUAUCGGUAUUUAACAUCGAGCACUUAAAAAAGAAGGUGGCGAGGAUGGAUAGAGAGAAGGCUGACCGGAAGAGGCUAGGCAGCGGAAACAGAUUCCAGAACAAGCGAGCACGGGGAGCAGCCGGACCUCAGUCCUUCCCUGCUGCCAAGUCCGCAAGGGCAUCAGGCUCAGGCUCAGGCUACGGGCCAUCAUUCCAGAACCCAGUGUCCCGUUCCUUUGGUUACGCGGCUCGUGCUGGGUAUGUGAACCCGGCUGCUGCUGCUCAGCCCUACUAUGCGCCGGGGAGCAUGGCAGCGCGGCGUGGCGGCGUGUUGUAUGGCGGGCCUGGAGCAGCAUUCGGGGCGCAGCAGCCGUACCACCGCUAAGGCCAGCCAUAUCAGUUGAUGUUGCUGGACCAAUUGCUGUUUCUUGCUGAUUUGUACCAACUUGCGUUGUAGUAACAUUUAUCCUUGCCGUCGUGUAACUCUUGGUCGACUGGAUGCCAUUUGAAGAGAUUCAGUCUUAGUACAUGCUGCUGCUUUCUUUUUGGUUGGCUCUGUAUGCGAGAUACCGUUUGUCUGAAUGAGACUGUAUGCUGAAUGUUGUAGAGAUUGAACGCCAUUGACUCUAUUCAAACCUAGAUAUGUCUUUUUGUU